CCUCGGAGUUCCACCAGUCCGCGAGCUGCCAUCGGCUCGCGCGGGGGGCGGGCCGGGGCGCCGAGCCGCGCUCUCGCUUCUCCUCUGCCCCCCACUCCGCGCCGCGGCCUCCUCCCUCCUCGCCGGCCCCGCAAGCAAACUUUCCGUCCCUCCCCGCUCCUCGCCCGUUAUCCGUCUCGGCUCCAGCCGGUCCGCGCCGCGCCGAGAGCUCCUCCCAAGCUCCCUCGCUUGCAGCGCGGACCAUCACAGGACCCGGGAAAAAUGUCGACCACACUUCUGUCCGCCUUCUACGAUAUUGACUUCUUGUGCAAAACGGAGAAAUCCCUGGCCAACCUCAAUCUGAACAACAUGCUGGACAAGAAGGCGGUGGGGACGCCCGUGGCCGCUGCCCCUAGCUCGAGCUUCACCCCGGGCUUCCUGCGACGCCAUUCGGCCAGCAACCUCCACGCGCUCGCCCACCCCGCGCCCAGUCCGGGCAGCUGCUCGCCCAAGUUCCCGGGCGCCCCUAACGGCGGCAGCUGCGGCUCCGCUGGCGCGGGCGGCCCGUCCUCCUACGGCCAGCUCAAGGAGCCCUCGGGGGGCGGCGGCACGGCGCUGGGCACCAAGGAGAGCAAGUUCCGAGACCGCUCGUUCAGCGAAAACGGCGAGCGCAGCCAGCACCUCCUGCAUCUGCAGCAGCAGCAGCAGAAGGGGGGCAGCGGCUCCCAGAUCAACUCGACGCGCUACAAGACGGAGCUGUGCCGGCCCUUCGAGGAGAGCGGCACGUGCAAGUACGGCGAGAAGUGCCAGUUCGCGCACGGCUUCCACGAGCUGCGCAGCCUCACCCGGCACCCCAAGUACAAGACGGAGCUGUGCCGCACCUUCCACACCAUCGGCUUCUGCCCCUACGGCCCCCGCUGCCACUUCAUCCACAACGCGGACGAGCGGCGGCCCGCGCCGUCGGGGGGGGCCUCCGGGGACCUGCGGGCCUUCGGCGCGCGCGACGCGCUGCACCUGGGCUUCACCCGGGAGCCGCGGCCCAAGCUGCACCACAGCCUCAGUUUCUCCGGCUUCCCGUCGGGCCACCACCAGUCGCCGGGGGGGCUGGAGUCGCCGCUGCUGCUCGACAGCCCCACGUCGCGCACGCCGCCGCCGCCCCCCUGCUCCUCGGCCUCGUCCUGCUCCUCCUCCGCCUCUUCGUGCUCCUCCGCCUCGGCGGCCUCCACGCCCUCGGGCGCCCCGACGUGCUGCGCCUCGGCGGCGGCCGCUGCCGCGGCCGCGCUGCUCUACGGGCCCGGGGGCGCCGACGACCUGCUGCCCCCCGCAGCCCCCUGCGCCUCCUGCUCGGGCACCUCGUGCGCCAACAACGCCUUCGCCUUCGGCCCGGAGCUGAGCAGCCUCAUCACGCCGCUUGCCAUCCAGACCCACAGCUUCGCCGCCGCGGCCGCCGCCUACUACCGCAGCCAGCAGCAGGGCCUGGCGGGGCCCGCGCCGCCCCCCGGCCCGGCCCCCGCGCCGCCCUCGCCGCCCUUCGGCUUCCCGCUGCCGCGCCGUCUGUCGGAAUCGCCCGUGUUCGACGCGCCCCCCAGUCCCCCGGACUCGCUGUCGGACCGCGACAGCUACCUGAGCGGCUCGCUGAGCUCGGGCAGCCUCAGCGGCUCCGAGUCCCCCAGCCUGGACCCCGGCCGGCGCCUGCCCAUCUUCAGCCGCCUCUCCAUCUCCGACGACUGAGGCAAGGGGGCGCCCGCGAGGGGUUGGGAGAGGCGCUGCAGGGGCCACCGGGCGGGGGUGACCGCCGCAGCCCGACCUACGGGCCGCCCAGCACUUGGACUCGAACUGUGCUGGGAGGGACCCCGCCCCUUCCCUUUCGGUUUUCUCUCUUUUUUUUUUCCUUUUUUUUUUUUUUUUUUUUAAAUUUUUAUUAUUAUUACAAGGUUUCAUUCUUGUUGAAAUAAAAGCCAACAGACUUUUUGUAUGAAUGAACAAAAUACAACAGGGCGGUUGUGAUGCGGAUAGAACAAAAGAUGCCAAACACUUGUUUAGGUCUCAGAUGAGUUUGAAACUCUAGUUGAAGAGAAGAGUCAGCCCAGCACCAGCAGCUACCCGCCACCAUUCCAUCUCUCUCACUUGAAAGCCUUAGUUACAGUCCAGAUGUGAUAACUCUUAACCUUGGAAGGGUUCCUGAUGUUUGUCUCAGACCAGUGUGAGCCAGCUGGCUGCCACCUCCUAAACUUAGAAGCUUCUAGAAUUUAAAAUAAUGCCAAGAACAUGCCUUAAUCCGGUAGCUCAUCCCUGUUUGUCGCGGUUGUUUUCCUUGUUUUUUGUUUAACAAAGUUAAUGUGUGUCUGGGGUGGGGGAGCCCUUGCAUUCCAAAGUUUGAUACUGGUCUCAUUGCCACCACUUAGUGGGUGCUUAGCUUAGAACCAUCUCCUCUGCUCUCUGGAAGCCUUGGGCAGAGCUCAGUUCAUAAUUGUUGGGAAAUAAAGUGCUUCAUUUUUAGCUGUUUUGAGUUGAUUUCGCAGGACUGCGCCACAACUCAAUAUGAAAAAACUAUUUAACUUAUUUAUUCUCUUGUGAAAAGUAUACAUUGAGGUUGUUCAUACUGUAUUUAUCAAGUAUGAUGAAAAGCAAUAGAUAUAUAUUCUUUUAUUAUGUUAAAUUAUAAUUGCCAUUAUUAAUCGGCAAGAUGUGGAGUGUAUGUUCUUUUCACAGUAAUAUAUGCCUUUUGUAACUUCACUUGGUUAUUUUAUUGUAAAUGAGUAAGAAAAAUCUUAAUUUAAGAGAUUGUAUGUAAUAUUUAUUUCAUUAAUUUCUUUCCUUGUUUACGUAAAUUUCAAAAGAUUGCAUGAUUUCUUUACAGAAAUCUAUCUAUCUUGAUGCUGUGGAAGUAGUUUGAGGAACAUUUUGAGUUUUUCUUAGAAUGUAAAAUGGUUGCAGCCCAUCCAACUUAAAGAAUGGCCACGUAACUCGCAGUCAGGCUCACGUGGCAUGCUUUUCUAGUUCCAGCUUUAUAGACCAGCAAGGAAAAAAAAAAAUGCUGAUUCCACCAACUCCACUGUGACACUGACAUGUAGCAAUAAUGGGGAAAUGGUCUCAGUGCCUUUAUAGGGCCCGAACUUGCCUUAAAUCUUCCUCAACCAAAAAAGUAUUUCAUUAGUGCUUGAGAGAAUCUGAGUGUCGGAUGGGCUCACCUGCACAAAAGGAAAAGAUCUCUACCACUCUUAUAGCUGUAAAGUGAAGAGGCCAUCUCUUCGUGCUGAAAUGGCCUGUAGGACAUGAAUAUGCCUUGUUUAAUGACAGCCCAAAACUUGUACUUUUUUUUUUUUUCAAUGUAAGGGGGCGGGAAUGUCUCCCCGGCUUUCCUGGACGGCGGAUGAAUGAGCGGUCGCUUAGUUUGUAUGUAGGUACAGUUGGAGCACCGUGUGUGUGUACCCUGGACUACUUUUGACAGAAGUAGGUUUUUGAAUGUAACAAGAUAAGUCAACUUGAGUUGUAAUAUAUUUUGGGGAAUCAGUUCACUACAAAUUGUGACUGUAAACAUUGUACUGUAAAUGUUUUGUAGUUUUCCCCCAAUAAAAUUUUUUGGAAAAAGUU